CGGGACCGAAACACCUCAGAUUCUCUGCAGCUGUCUUUGCCAAACCCCCAGUCCUCGCCACACACCCCAAUCGACCACUUCCGUUAUCCUUGAUCACUCCACGUCUUCUUCCCUCCCAGUCACAUCUUUCACUUCACUUCCUUUAAUUACCCUCAAUAUAAUGCUCUUCCCUUAUCUCUCUCCCCUCUUCCGUCUUCCAGGACCCCGCCUCACCACAGUAAACUGUUCUUCCCUUCCCAACCUUCUCCUACACCUAUCAGGCACGCCCCUCUGCUCUUUAGUUACUAGUAUGACAGCCCCCAGGCAUCCUUUUGUGUUUUUAGGAAAUCCCUCUCUCCCCUCCUAACACACACACACACUUCUUUCUGUUUACCUCUUCUCAUUCUCAGCCGAUUGUUUGGGUGACUCUUAGGAGGUUCUCUUGUCAGUCUUCUCAGCUCUUUUAAUUUUGUUCUCCCACUGUGACCUUCAGAUAAUUAUUAAGAUAUCCCAGUUACUUUUAGUCGUUAAGUUCUUGGCUGCAGCACUAUCCCAAUACCACCACCUCCUCUGCAGUCCCCAUCUGUUGCUUCCAGCUGGCAGUUUCAGCUGAACACCUGCUGGCCUCUCCAGCCCAUUCCGGACCCACCCCCUUUCAGUGGUCCUAUCCUGGAACUUCUGGGUUGAGACUGCCCAUCUUUCUUUUCUAACUCACUGAACAAUGCAAGAUUAUCCUAAGUUGACAAAGCAUUUCUUUUCUUUUCCUUUUUUUUUUUUUAACCCAUUUUCCGUUUUUGCAUCAGACUGUGUGGUCCCGUUCCUGACCCGGCCUAAAGUCCCUGUCUUGCAGCUGGAUAGUGGCAACUACCUCUUCUCCACUAGUGCAAUCUGCCGAUAUUUCUUUUUGUUAUCUGGCUGGGAGCAAGAUGACCUCACUAACCAGUGGCUGGAAUGGGAAGCGACAGAGCUGCAGCCAGCUUUGUCUGCUGCCCUGUACUAUUUAGUGGUCCAAGGCAAGAAGGGGGAAGAUGUUCUUGGUUCAGUGCGGAGAGCCCUGACUCACAUUGACCAUAGCUUGAGUCGUCAGAACUGUCCUUUCCUGGCUGGGGAGACAGAAUCUCUAGCCGACAUUGUUUUGUGGGGAGCCCUAUACCCAUUACUGCAAGAUCCUGCCUACCUCCCUGAGGAGCUGAGUGCCCUGCAUAGCUGGUUCCAGACACUGAGUACUCAGGAGCCAUGUCAGCGAGCUGCAGAGACUGUACUGAAACAGCAAGGUGUCCUGGCUCUCCGGCCUUACCUCCAAAAGCAGCCCCAGCCCAGCCCCGCUGAGGGAAGGGCUGUCACCAAUGAGCCUGAGGAGGAGGAGCUGGCUACCCUAUCUGAGGAGGAGAUUGCUAUGGCUGUUACUGCCUGGGAGAAGGGCCUAGAAAGUUUGCCCCCACUGCGGCCCCAGCAGAAUCCAGUGUUGCCUGUGACUGGGGAAAGGAAUGUGCUCAUCACCAGUGCCCUCCCUUACGUCAACAACGUCCCCCACCUUGGGAACAUCAUUGGUUGCGUGCUCAGUGCCGAUGUCUUUGCCAGGUACUCUCGCCUCCGCCAGUGGAACACCCUCUAUCUAUGUGGGACAGAUGAGUAUGGUACAGCGACAGAGACCAAAGCUAUGGAGGAGGGACUAACCCCCCAGGAGAUCUGCGACAAGUACCACAUCAUCCAUGCUGACAUCUACCGCUGGUUUAACAUUUCAUUUGAUACUUUUGGUCGCACCACCACUCCACAGCAGACCAAAUCAAAACUCACUUGGGGCCAGAAGCCUCAGUGUAAAGUCUGCCGAUCAUGCCCCGUGGUGCAGUCGACCCAUCACCUGUUUCUAGACCUGCCUAAGCUGGAGAAGCGACUGGAAGAGUGGUUGGGGAGGACAUUGCCUGGCAGUGACUGGACUCCCAAUGCCCGGUUUAUCACCCGCUCUUGGCUUCGGGAUGGCCUUAAGCCACGCUGCAUAACCCGAGACCUCAAAUGGGGAACCCCUGUACCCUUAGGAGGUUUUGAAGACAAGGUAUUCUAUGUCUGGUUUGAUGCCACUAUUGGCUAUUUGUCCAUCACAGCCAACUACACAGACCAGUGGGAGAGAUGGUGGAAGAACCCAGAGCAAGUGGACCUAUAUCAGUUCAUGGCCAAAGACAAUGUUCCUUUCCAUGGCAUAGUCUUUCCUUGCUCAGCCCUAGGAGCUGAGGAUAACUAUACCUUGGUCAGCCACCUCAUUGCUACAGAGUACCUGAACUAUGAGGAUGGGAAAUUCUCUAAGAGCCGGGGUGUGGGAGUGUUUGGGGACAUGGCCCAGGACACGGGGAUCCCUGCCGACAUCUGGCGCUUCUAUCUGCUGUACAUUCGGCCUGAGGGCCAGGACAGUGCUUUCUCCUGGACGGACCUGCUGCUGAAGAAUAAUUCUGAGCUGCUUAACAACCUGGGCAACUUCAUCAACAGAGCUGGGAUGUUUGUGUCUAAGUUCUUUGGGGGCUAUGUGCCUGAGAUGGUGCUCACCCCUGAUGAUCAGCGCCUGCUGGCCCAUGUCACCCUGGAGCUCCAGCACUAUCACCAGCUGCUUGAGAAGGUUCGGAUCCGGGAUGCCUUGCGCAGUAUCCUCACCAUAUCUCGACAUGGCAACCAAUACAUUCAGGUGAAUGAGCCGUGGAAGCGGAUUAAAGGCUGUGAGGCUGACAGGCAACGGGCAGGCACAGUGACUGGCUUGGCAGUGAAUAUAGCUGCCUUGCUCUCUGUCAUGCUUCAGCCUUACAUGCCCACGGUUAGUGCCACAAUCCAGGCCCAGCUGCAGCUCCCACCUCCAGCCUGCAGUAUCCUGCUGACAAACUUCCUGUGUACCUUACCAGCAGGACACCAGAUUGGCACAGUCAGUCCCUUGUUCCAAAAAUUGGAAAAUGACCAGAUUGAAAGUUUAAGGCAGCGCUUUGGAGGGGGCCAGGCAAAAACAUCCCCAAAGCCAACAGUUAUAGAGACUGUUACAACAGCCGGGCCACAGCAGAUACAAGCGCUGAUGGAUGAAGUGACAAAACAAGGCAACAUUGUCCGAGAACUGAAAGCACAAAAGGCAGACAAGAACCAGGUUGCUGCGGAGGUGGCGAAACUCUUGGAUCUAAAGAAACAGUUGGCUGUAGCUGAGGGGAAACCCCCUGAAGCCCCUAAAGGCAAGAAGAAAAAGUAAAAGACCUUGGCUCAUAGAAAGUCACUUUAAUAGAUAUGGACAGUAAUAAAUAAAUGUACAAUCUCUAUAUACAA